AUGCAGGACUUCUUAGAGCUAAACCUGCCUAGACACCACUUUAUCCCUCAAUUAAGUUACACCAAGAUUCAUCAGCACCCUUUGAAGAUGUUGCAAGUUAUAGAAGAUUCGUGGGAAAGCUCUUUUACCUAUCCAAUACAAGACCUGAUAUUGCAUUUGUCACGCAACAACUCAGCAAAUUCCUCACUUCACCUACCAUUAAUCAUUAUGAAUUGCAUGCAGAGUCAUAAAGCAUCCAAAUGUUCACAUGGUUCAGAUUUAUCACGCCCGAAAACUCCUUCUGGGUAUCAGUCCAAGUCAGAGAAAGAUGUAACCGUCAAUGAUGUUGUCUUCUCUGGCUUUGUACCUGAAAACCCGACAGAAAAUUUCAAUACCGGAAUAACCUUUGUAAAUGUCGAUAAAUUACCUGGUCUUAAUGGACUUGGUAUCUCUACAGUAAGAGAAGAUUUGGAUGCAAAUGGAACAGUACCAUUGCACUCUCAUCUUGAUGCAAUUGAGUUAAUUAUCAUUGUUGAAGGUCAAGUGAAUAUUGGAUUUAUUACACCAACAAACGUGUUUUAG